AUGUGUAAGGUCACCCACUACGUGUGCGAUUGUUGCGAGAAGCUCAUUGAUCGGCUAUGGUCCCAAUGUCACUAUGCUCCCCGGGAUAUCUACGCGUGCAUGAACCUCGAUACAAGAGUCAGUAGAGCUAUGUAUUGCGAAUCAUGUGAUGAAGCUUUGAGGUUUCCUGUCAAGAAGCCUAAGCCUAGAUGGUACCAGUAUCUAUUGGACCCCCACCUUCUUAUCACCAAAUGGCGCGAAUACAAAGCCCAACGAAAGGCCCGUAGAGAGGCGAUCAUCGAACAGCGCAAAGAGAUAGCCCAAGAGCGCGAGUACAUAGCCCACAGAAAUGUCGCUGAAAAAGUCCACCCAAAGGUUUAUGAAAGAGCCCGACGAAAGUCCAUUGAAAAGAGGGACAUCGCAGAGCGCGAACACGAAGCCUUUCUAGAGUCCCUUGACGAAGUCGAACGGGAGGCCUUCUUCAAAGCCCAACGAGAAGCUCAACGAGAGGCCUAUGAAAAGUGGAAGAUCGAUCAACGCAAGUUUCAAGCCAUGCUAGAGGAGUUUGAAAGAGGGUGGUAG